GGAGAUAGUGCUCGCCCGCCCCGCCGCUGGCUCGCCCGCCCCGUUUGUCACACGCUCUCGGAUGCGCGUCGCAACGCGCCGGUGGCUUGGCAGCAGGCAGGGAAGCUGGCCCGGCAGCCCACGGGGUGGAUUCGGUGGCCAAAGGAGGAGGACGGGGGUGGCCGUCCCUCUGUCCGUCCGUCCGUCUCUGUCCCGUUUCACCCCCUCCCCAGCACCCCCCGCCCCGCUCUCAGGUCCCCGCCGUCGGAGGGAUGCGGUGUCCCCGUCCUUAGAGGCAGCACCCGAGCCCCAACCCAGAUAUAGAGCCCAGAGGGAUGUGGAGCCACAGAGGCAACGGACCCUGUGACUGACACAGCCCCUCCAGCCCACAGCUGAAUGGAAAGACUGCAGAAGCCCAGCCUGGCAGCACCAUCUAGUGGCACCGUAUCCUGGCCAAGCCACUGUCACCUCCCGGGUGUCCCCUGCCCUGAACCUCAACGCUGGAGCAAAGGAGACCCCAGAGCCCACCCAACAAUACCCCAUCCCCAAAGAGGGGAUUAUCCCCCUGCACUGAGCAACCACUGACCUCCCCGGGGAGUGUCUGUUCCUCCCGUGGGUCCAGUGUUCCCGGGUCACCCUCCAGCAUCGUGGCCAAAAUGGACAACGAGGUUCUGGGCUACAAGGACUUGGCUGCCAUCCCCAAGGACAAAGCCAUCCUGGACAUCGAGCGCCCUGAUUUAAUGAUCUAUGAACCUCAUUUCACUUAUUCCCUCAUGGAGCACGUGGAGCUGCCCCGGAGCCGAGAGCGAUCCCUGUCUCCCAAAUCCAUCUCUCCUCCUCCAUCUCCAGAGGUUAUUCGGGAGUGGUUGGAGAGCCGGACCCCCAGCACUGCCCCCCAACCCACCUCCCGCCAGGGCAGCUCCACCCGCAGCAGUGUCCAACACUUCCACCGCCCUGAGACAGACACAACAGAGCUCAACAUCUACAAGAAGCCUCCAAUCUACAGGCAGAAAGACCACCACCAUCCCAGUGCCCACCAUGGGAAGCAUCUCAUAGAGGACUUGAUCAUCGAAUCCUCCAAGUUCCCAGCAGCUCAGCCCCCAGACCCCAACCAACCCGCCAAGAUCGAGACCGACUACUGGCCAUGCCCCCCAUCCCUGGCUGUUGUGGAGACUGAGUGGAGGAGGAGGAUGGCAUCCAAGAGAGGGGAGGAGGAGGAGGAGGACCUGACGGAGGAGAUGAAGAACCUGCGGGAGCUCCAGAGGCAGGAGCUGAGCAAGGUCACUUCCAACCUGGGAAAGCUGAUCCUGAAGGAGGAGAUGGAAAAAUCUCUCCCAAUCCGGAGAAAAACCCGCUCGCUGCCUGACCGGACACCUUUCCACACGUCCGUGCACAUGGGCAGCUACAAGAGCUCCUCGCUGCCCCCCUCGGGCAGGAGCACCCUCACCCGGCUGCAGUCAGCAGAGUUUGGCUCAGCGGGCAGUGAGAAGGGCAGUCCGGCCCUCCAGAACGGCCAGCGCGGGCGCAUGGACAGAGGCAAUUCCCUGCCCAGCAUGUUGGAGCAGAAGAUCUACCCCUAUGAAAUGCUGAUGGUGACAAACAGAGGCCGUGUCAAGCUGCCACCUGGUGUGGACAGGACCAGGCUGGAGAGACACCUCUCCCCCGAGGAUUUCCUGAAGGUCUUUGAGAUGUCCCCCGAGGAGUUCAGCAAGCUGGCCCUCUGGAAACGCAACGAGCUGAAGAAAAAAGCUUUCCUCUUCUGACCCCCCCCUCUCAGCUCAGCCCCCGCACCGCCGUGUAACCGCUUUACUAAGACCCCCCACACACACACACACCUUCCCCUCAACCCCAGCCCCCCAAUUCUGAGCCCCCCCACCUCGCUCCUCCUGUAGGAAAAGGGCUCUGGGGAAGGGGGGGAGUCUUGAACCUGGUUCUGCUGCCCAGCUUGCUGGGGGGGUGAUGGGGUCCUGGGGGCAGCCCCAGCCCCCGAGCAGGCACGGUUCAGCCAGGAGGGGAGGUGGGGGGGGGUCUCUGGGUGUUGUGCCCCCCUUCCCCCCCAGGAGCAUUGGGAGGAUGGGGGGGGGGGGCAGUGCCUGGCUCUGCUUUUGGCCGGGAGUAUUCUGGCUUGGGUGGGUUGGGUGAUGGGGGGGCUUCCUUCCACCCUGGGGGGUUGGUGGUCUCUGUCCAGCCCCCCCCCCCACACCCCUAACCCCAGGGGGGUGUCCCCUCUGCCCCCUGCACCUUCACCCUGAGAUUUGGGAAGAGCCUGGGGGCUGACUUGCUGCAAAGCCAGGCCAGCAUCCCACCUUCCCCCCCCCCCCUUUUUAACACCAACGUGCUCCCCCCAGACCCCCCCAGUCCCAUCAGGACACAUUCACUGCCAAAUCCUGGGAUUUGGGGUGGGAUGGGGAGCAGAGCACUGGGGGGGGG